AUGUAGUGAUAAAUGAACUGCCACUGCCCCAAUUUCAUUUCAAGAAUGAACUGCCACUUUGAAUCUUCAGAUUUACGCACAUGGGUGAUCCACAGUCACCUAUUGAUAUUUCCUUUGCAAAAUUUAAUUCCAGGAUCCUGCCCAUUUCAAAAUGCUAUAGAGGCUCAAAUCUGCCAGAUUUAUAUACUCAUUACAAUGAAGAAAAAAAAGUUAACGCCAUGGAUUACACACAUCAAAAGCAUAUACAAUAACUUUUAAACAAAAAUAAAUAUACCCACAGAAAAUUACAAAAAAUAGUGUAAAUUUUAGUUUUAGCACAAAAGUACUCAAAUAAAAAAGUGCGCUCCGUCACUGUGCCCAACCAUUGUUCGCCACGUUAAGUAAUGACGCGUUACUGAACUUUCUCACCCGACAUUCUCUCUCUCUAAAAGGCAUCGGAACGCGCCUUCUAUGAUCUAGAGUUAUCGCGGACGGCGAUCGGCGGCGGAGGAUGGCGGAAGACAAAUACAAUCUAAAGAACCCGGCCGUGAAGAGGAUUCUUCAGGAGGUGAAAGAGAUGCAGGCUAAUCCAUCCGAUGAUUUCAUGAGCCUCCCUCUCGAGGAGAAUAUAUUUGAAUGGCAAUUUGCAGUCAGGGGCCCCAGUGAUUCAGAGUUUGAAGGAGGAAUUUAUCACGGCCGAAUCCAGUUGCCUGCUGAAUAUCCUUUCAAACCACCAUCUUUCAUGCUUUUGACUCCCAAUGGUCGUUUUGAGACUCAAACCAAGAUUUGCUUGAGUAUCUCAAAUCAUCACCCUGAGCACUGGCAGCCAUCCUGGAGUGUUCGGACUGCAUUGGUUGCACUGAUUGCAUUCAUGCCAACCAACCCAAAUGGUGCCCUUGGAUCAUUGGACUACCCAAAGGAAGAAAUGCGUAAUCUAGCAAUAAAAUCCCGUGAGGGUGCUCCGAAAUUCGGGAACCCCGAUCGCCAGAAGCUGAUAGAUGAGAUACAUGAAUACAUGAUAAGCAAGGCACCCCUGAUUCCCCAAGCUAGCCCCGCAGUCCCAGCCACUGAAGAAGAACAGGCCACAAACAGAGAUGGUGAGGUCCCAGAAACUUCCCAGAACCCCAUAACAGAGUCUGCGGAUGAUAGGAUCGUUGAAGAACAAGAAGAAGCCCGAUUGGUUGCACCCCCUGUGCAGACACCAUCAAGAGCGGCCGCUCCCUCCGUUCACCUCCACCACGAGCAGCGUGUACUACUGCACGAGCCCGAACAUAGGGUACCCUCUGCCGGACCAGGUGAUGAACGCAUAUUCACAUGGGCAGCUGUGGGACUCAGCAUUGCCAUUAUCGUUCUUCUUUUGAAGAAGUUCAUGAAAGCCAGUGGACACGGUGCUGUCUUCAUGGACGAGUCUUGAGAUCCAAAGGUAAAAUAUGAUGUCCAUCNCCCCCCCCCCCCCCCCCAAAGAACUCUACACUUGAGCAGUAUAUAUUUUGCUUUGUUUGGCUUAAGAUGAAUGUCAUGAAUAUUAUCAUUACAAAGUACAAUGAACAUUUGCUUGACCAGCAAAUGUGGAGUAGUAUAAAUAAUCCGUAUACCUAUCAGACUAUCACUAUAACUCUAUAAGCAUAUAGAAAUUGUUUAUUCGAUAUGAUGUUUGUAAACACUAAACAAUUACAUAUGGAACAUUUUUUUUAAUGU